GCCUUCACAGCCAAUCAAUGAGAUGGCUGCACAUGAGCACCGCUUUGGUUCCUGAGCUCAGUCGUCACGAUCCGCACCUCGGAUGUCAUCCUCAUACAUCGGCUUCAUCACUCUACCUCAUACAAGCUCGCUCGGCCCUGACAGUCGCUCACAUCGCAGUGCGCUCAAGGAGCCGCGAGCGGGGCGGCGGUGGCUCGACGUCGAGGUACAUAAGAGCGGCGCCUUCCGCUUUGCUUGACGUCUCUCCGUCCCACCCACCCUCGCUUGACGCGCCGCUCAAACCUCCGCGAGCCGCGAGGGAGAGAGCGACAACAAGAAACAUCAGCGUCACGGUUCAAGCAAAGCAGAACAAAGGGUAGAACAGCGCGCUGCCAUCGCAUCAAAAGCAAAGGCUUCAGCUCCUCCAGAAAGCUAGCUACCGCACACAUCAAACGGGGAGGCCGGCCCCCUCCACCCGACACCUCUACGCCAUGUCUGACAGUGAAGACCGCGCGGGCCCUUCUUCAGGCGGUGCCGGUGACGAGGAGGUCAGUCUGCCUCGAGCCACCGUCUACAAGCUCAUUGCAGAGAUGCUUCCUGGAGACUUCAGCGUCGCCAAGGAGACGAAAGACCUCAUCAUGGAGGCGUGCACAGAAUUCAUCCGCCUAGUAUCAUCAGAAGCCAACGACCUCUGCGAAAAGUCCGGCAAAAGAACAAUCGGCUCAGACCACUGCGUUCAAGCGCUCAAAGAUCUGGGCUUCGAGUCGUACCUCAAGGACAUCGACACGGUGUUGGAGGAGCACAAGGCCGAGCUGAAGUACCGCGAAAAGAAGAACAGCAAGAUGGCAAUGGCGGGUUUGACGGACGAGGAGCUGCAAAAGCAGCAAGAGGCACUCUUUGCGGCUAGUAGGGCGAGGUUUGAGGCGCAAGGCUGAGGAGGAGGGAAAGUGAGAGAAGGCGAGGGCACCAGGAAGCGGCUUCACGCGCCUGUACGAGCGCAAUCUGCAUGUAUCAAUCGACCAUACGAUUAUCCUG